AUGAACAUGGGCGAAGACGCACCCCCACAAGAGCUACCUAGCUUUACCUCUGCCGAUCGCAUUCGACAGCUGAAUGAGAUGGACAAGGAUGUUACCAAACUUCUUCAUUCUGCUGGCCUCGCGAUCCAAGCCUUGACCAACGCUAAACCGGGCCCCUCUUCCGUUGCACCAGAUGGAUCACUCGACUCGCACAAAACGCGGUUUAAAGAAGCAAGCGCGAAAUACUUCGCGCUGCUAUCCUCAGCCGAUGUCACUCUCCGCCGCCAGAUCUACGCCCUAGAGGAAUCAUCUCUCGUAGGACCCGAUAAGGGUUCGCGCGCAGGGGACACAAAAGUUGGAGCGAGAAACGAAGGAGUCGCGGGAGCUAAAUCGCGAGCUCCAAACUCACUGGAUAUAAGUCGGCUCAAUAGCCGGAAGGAUACAGUUGGAAAAGAUAAGGAGGCUGAAUUGUGGGCGGCUGCUCGUCAAUUCGUUGAACAGAUGCAGAAGCCUUCCGAGACAAGCAAGGAUUCUACGCCAGCGAAUGGCGCGGAGGACAUGCAGGUGGAUUGA